GUGCCGUUGACACCUGUUGCCGGCGCGCGUAAUAAUAUUUCGUAGCGAUUCAGCGCGCGGGUUUCCGUCAGACAACAGUGAAACGCGCGUCGUAGCGGUGCCGUCGUACAGACCCAGCAGACAGUUUUCUCCGGGUUCCCGUUCGCGCCGUACACUGCCCACAUUACCGUACAUUACCGGCGACGCGAUUCCGACGCUGACGACGAUACCGCCGCCGAGCCAACAACGUCCUGCACGCGCACCUAACCGCGCACGGCACGACGCGAUACCGCGAGAGCAGACCGAAACGAGCGGACGAACGGCGAGACAACACCGCGACACCGCAACAGUCGUCAACGGCUAUCGUUCGCCAUGCCUAGAUCGAAAGGUAAGACCGACGCGCCUGGACGACGAUGGUUUUUUUUCUCUUACUCUAAUAUUGCGUCGGUAGACCGUAUUGGACAGGGCGCGUUGUCGUGCGCGACGUGGGCUGCCCGCGUACGCCCUGCCGUCGGGCGAAAACGCAAUUUGCAUUAUGAAAACCGACCGCCGUCGACGGGGUGUAGGUAACCGGGGCAACAACCGACGCGCACGCCGGCGGCGGUCGGAUGGCGGGAAACACCGCGUGAACGAUUAAAUACCGCACGGUUGGGUUCUACCGUCGGACGAAAUAAAAUCGCGUUGUAAUUGUCGAAAAACGCUUUUGGCUUUUACGCGGCGAAUCGCGGUUAUCGGUUUUCGGACGGUUAUUUAUACGGUCGGCGCAAAGGGGUUAAGAAAAACAGAGCCGUAGAAAAUAGGAAUCGCCGCGGUCGCUCGCCGGCGAUAAUAUUUGAUCAAUAUUGAUUGUUUUCCAAUAACGACGUGCAAACAAUAAUUGAAACAAUAUUUUUACGCGCGGUUUACGCGCGAAAAUAAAAUAAUAUUUGUUUUUUUUUUUUUUUUAUAAAAUCGUUCGAUAAAAAAAUAACCAUCGUUAUAUAAACGUCCGUACGUAAUUUAUAUAUUAUAUUAACGUAAUCGUGAUUUAUUAUUAAAAAGAGACGUCCGACGGUCUCUCGUAAAUUAUCGUAAUAACCGCUCGGACCUUUGCGCAGUGGUAUUGUACAACAGACGAGAAAAUCGUAUUUUAUUUAACGGGGGGAAAAAAAAGAAAGAUUUUUCGUAAUAUUAAAAUAUAAUACCGUCGCCGUCGGUUAAAAUUUCGAAAACGUCGGGCCACUUGACGAGCAGCCGUUUUGAGUCGAAAGUAAGAGGAGAGCCCGAAUUUCGAUUGUUAAAAUAAAAAUUCGACGAAAAGGGACUGCGAUAUUAAUAAUAGGAUAUACUUUCGCGUGUAGGUUCUUUUUUUUUUAUUAUUAUUAAAACAAUACAAUUGUUGUAUAUUUUACUUCCUUUGAGCAAAGCCCGCGGUGGAAGUGGAUAAUUUUACGUUUUACGAAUAUUGAGAAUGAAUGGCGCAAAAUAGAGAGAGAAAAAAAAGAAAUCUUAAAAAAUAAAAAAAUGAAAAUGAAAUACCUAUUCAAUUAUCAGAAAAUAUAUAAAAGAGUUAUUUAGACUGAUUUAGAUAUAAUAGUAGCCGAAAACGGAAUUUCUCGUAGAAGUCGAAUUAUAAACCGUUAUUAUUUUUUUUUUCUACGAUAAAUCGUAAUAUCAGUUCGAAUACGAUUUUUUUUUUUUUUUUUAAACCGGGCGACAUUAAUCGACCGUUGAUGUUGGGAUCUACGGAUGAUCAACGGAUCUUCGGCCGUCAAUAUGUUUUGUUAAUACAAUUUACUGAAAUGCCAUUGUGCGCAGUCCUACACUAUACGGUCAGUUAUACGUUUGGCGCGAUUUGGGCGUACCCGGGAAUACGAUCGCGAAGACGGCGCGGAGUAAACGAAAUUGUUUCGCCAUCGAAAUUCAAAAAAAAAAAAAAAAGAAGAAAACACGACGGUUUUUCACCGACACCUCCUACGCCGACCGUUUUUGAACGCAGUCGUCGAAACGCGAUCGCGUUAAUCGAACGCGACGCGACGACGGACGGCGCGAGUAUAAGCGCGUAGAAUAUCGUUGUUGUAUUUUUAUAUUUUUUACGCGCGCGGGUGUGGACAAAACUAAAAGUAGAAAAAGAAAAAAAAAAACCAAGAAAAUAAUAAUAGUAACAACAAUACUCGGGCGGCCCGUAGGCGAAAUUCGGACGCGCGCGACGGGUGAACUGGAAUUUUCCGCGACGAUGAUGAAUAUUAUUAGGUACCGUUAACCGCGUGACAUUGUCCGUCGUCCGCGGACAAUAUAACAUCGUCAUUAUUUACGAUAUUAAAUAAAAGGCGUCCGUCGACCGGAAAAAAAAAAAAUAAUAAUCGAAUAAAAAAAUAAUCAUCCGUUCGACUAUACGUUUUCGCGAAAUAUCAACACGCGUUACGUUAAUACUGUCGCGGCACGUAUAGGUGUCGGAAUCUCGCAUAAUUGUUUCGCGAGACGUUUGUUACGUUUUUUUUUUUUUUUUGGCGUUGUUGUGCCGCGCCGAGAGGGUUUCGACGUCGCGUACACGUAGAGUCUCGAACGCGGUGUUUUUUUUUCAUCUCGCUUUCGCAUUCUGUUUGUUUUACUCGUGUACCAGUGACAAACGAUAAUUCGUUAGCCGCAGUGGUAGUCGCGUGUAUCGCGGAUGAAAUCCGAAUUUAGGCGUUUUCCGUAAGGUUUAAAUGGGAAGAGGGAGAGGGGAGGGGAGUAUGGGUAAAUAGGAACGCGAGAAUACGUUUUUUCCAGCAUAAUAAAAUCACGAACGUCGAUACGAUUGCAGUGCGCGUGCGACAAACUUGCGAAUCCGCAAUUCGAAAAACGACAAAGUCCUUCCGCGCGUUUUCAUUAAAACUCUACGCAAAACGGAAAUAAUCAAACGGAUUUUCUUUUCGCUAAACGGUUUAAGAGCGUAAUGCUCUUAUUAAAAUCCAAUCGGUCGACCAGAUAUUUUCGAAUGGGUACCGUUUCAAGAUUAUAUAUUAUAUUAUUGUACAACGGUCAAUAGAAAUAUUCUAUCCGGUUGGUUUGACUUUGAGAUAUUAAAAAACAAACAAAAAGAAAAUUGUAUUUCAAUUAUUUUGAAUAAAAAAAACGUCUUACAAUAUCAACAAGUAUACAAAAAAAAAAAAAAAAAACGUUCGCCGACAUUCGUAUCAUUUUCAAAACGAAAAAUAUAUGUCGUUUCGUUUCAAAGGGGGUUUUCUUUUUAGUUUUUUUUUUUUUUUUUUUUUUUUAAACGUCUUUAUUUUUAUCCAUUAGGAUCGCUAUAUUAAUCUUAUUUUUUAACAUUUUUCCGCGUAUAAUAUACCCGAACGAAGCCUUUUACCGCUGUCAAAAUGUCAAACGAAUAUAAUAUUUAUAAUACUUGCGCGGCUUUCGAAACGAACAAAAUACAGAAAAAAAAAAAAAAAUAAACAAAACCCGUAAAAAUUGAAAUCCGUUUUUUCAGCACACCGUUGGUGGUGUUCAAAACACCUUUUUUCCUCACUCCUUUUCGUCUAUACCGAAAACUAACCGAAAUUCAUGCGCGACAUUAUUUAUUAUAGACAGAAAAAAAAAAUACUCGCACACGAGUCGAUAUAGGCGUAGCGUAAUUUACUUUGGCCAAAUUGUUUUGUUUUGUUUUGUUUUUUUUUUUCUAAGUUUAUAGUAUUACAUAUAUUGUUAUAAAUAGGUCAACUACAAAACCUAACCGUCUGCUAUCUGAACGUUUGUAAAAAAAAAAAAAAAUCAACCGCACGCGCAAUUCAUUAAAAUAAUGCAAAAUGCAAAUGUAGCUUUUUAAGAAUUAUAUUAUAUUAUCAUAUUAAUCGCGUUCUCCUUCCUUUAUCAGACCGGGGAACGGGCGAACAAAUGCAGUUGUACAGGUUUUUUUUUUCAGUUUUUCUCUAAAGUCAAUCGGACAAUCGCGCGCGCCCUCGCGUGUAUGACUGAAAUAAUAAAUCGUCCGAAAACGCGAAAAUAUAAUUUCAAAAAAAAAAAAAAAAACGUAUCGGUUCGUCUUUGCGGCCCCCGGGGUACAAACGGGUAAAACAAUCCAACGGGUUUGUGCAUAAAUUAUCAUGUUCGUAAUGAUGCGCGUUAAUAUUCUUCCCGCGUAUACGAUAGUAAAACCUACAUUCGUACUCGGAAAAUUAUAAUUUAUUUAUUAAUUUUUUCGCGUUACGACCCGCAUUGUCAAAUAAUCCGUUGCGAAAUUCAAUUUUCGCGAUCGAUACACGCGCGUAGUAGUGGAACAUCGGCGACGGCAGUCGAAUUUCGUAUUCAUUAUGUGCGUUUUCUGUUCGCCAACGCGUAACGAUAUCUUAUCUGCACAAUGAACUAUUAUAGUAAAUUUCGAAUGAUGCAUUGCGAUAAUUUUGGAACUUGUAUACACUAACACCGGAACUGCACUUGUACUUUAGGGCGCAUGUAUACGUGUAUACUUUUAACGAUUAUGUUAUGUAAUAACAUUUUUCACCGAAUUGACCUUUACGAAACGCUUUAACGGAGUCGUUUGAUUUUUCGAUGUUUUCCCUUCUCUUUUUGAGGGACUUCCCGACGGGCGGUACGCCUUCCUGAUUAGAUUUUGCCGAAAGCAUAAACCGUUUGCGACUCGUAAACGAAUAAUAAUAUUAUCGUGUCGAGUAAAACCGAAAUGGUAUUCUACGCACACAAUGGGUACCGGCUAUAUUAUUAUUUACAACCGCUUGAAAAGGAGGUUAUAUAAAUUUCGUUUUUUUUAUUUUUUUCUCCCCGUAGUCUAGCUCGACAAUAAUUUACGAUUUGUUUGCUCGCGGUACAGCAUACUGCAGGUAGCGCGUUAUUUUGAGAUUAUAACGCCGUUCUUAUCGUACGCGUUCGUCAACUCGUUUCGAAAUUGAUAUUGCCACGAUCGGCAUAGACAAUAUAAUAAUAAUAAUAAUAAUAUGUUAACUCGAGUCGUAGCGCAGGGCCUUUGAAUCGGGCGUCGGCGGCUGCGAAGGUACAAAAAGACGGUACAUUGUGCAGCAUGGGCUCGGGAAAUUUAACUGUGCAGUCGUCGGUAAAGCCGGUGCACUAUACGCGUACCGUAUACGGUGUUUUGUCAGUUGUCACAAUAUUAUUACGACGACACAGUUCUACAUCGCCGCGUUAUUCGCCGUGAGACUCGUAACGCAACGAGUCUAAUAAAAAGCACGCCGGUAAACAAAAUACUACAUUACCGCGCGUGCGUAACAAAUUGUAUCAAAGGACAAGGACUGAUGCGACGGUUCGGAAACAGAAAGAUCGAAUCAGAGCGACUAUGUAUUAUAUCAUAUAGAAUGGGGACCGAUAGGUAAAAAGACCGACAGGCACGGGGGGACAUCCGAAAAGACCCGGAGAAAAUGGGAAAUAUCGAUUGGGAAGAAUGUAGUCGACUAUACUCAGACACAUACGGGUGGGAGUUAAUUGUCUAGGCAUUUCUCGAAGAGCUGUUAUGCGCUUUAUUGAGAACGAGACAGACACGUAGAGAAACCACGUUACGUUUAACUUUAUAUUGAAAUUUGCAUUCGAAUCGAUCCCGGGAGUCGCACGACAAAAAUCGUUAAUUUUCGAGGCUACAAAUGAUUGAAAACUUAUUACCGUGUCUAUACGACGCGUGCAAUACGAAACUAUACAACAUUUUCGUAUGCGCUUCGGUAAUAAUCGACGAAUAAAUCAUAACGUUGAAUGAUAAUAAAUUUGUUUUCGAGAUUCGUUAUUAAUUGUGGAAUAAUGACGAAUGCAUUCUAAUCGAAUUUACAAAUAAAUAACAAUAAUAUACUACAAUAAUUGUAAUAUUAUAGUCAAUUUAUAUUUAUAAGGUCGUUAGACAUCGUAACAAUAUAACUCCAUAGUAAUUAUAUUGGUCGUUGGAUUUAAGACGUUGACCCAAUAUAAUCACUCGACACGUACCGUGAUGCGUGCACUACGGGUCAAUGGAAUACCCGAUUGAGUUAUUCGUGAAAACAAAAUAAUAAAAACCAUUUUGAAAUCUAGUCGAAAUAAUAUAUUAAAGAAUACAAUGAGAAAAAAAAAAAAAUUAACAAACGGACAGGACAACAGCUAAUACUAAUAAUAGCUUUCGACAAUAUCAAUUAUUUAACAUUAUUAAUCGACACGCGUGUACGUAUUCGACUUUAAGGCCGUCGUAAACGAUACGAACACAAAGCUAUACAGGAAACUACAUCGGCGGCUAUAAUUUUCCUUUAAAAAAAAAAAUAAAAAAAAAUAUUAAACCAACAGACAUUACCGAAACAAUAAUAUUAUAACAUUCGUUUUGUAUAAUAUAUUGCGUUAUUCGUACCGGUCGGUAGGCAUACCGAACGAUCUUACGCGUGUUAUUUUUUUUCACACCUGCGGGCCGUACACAUUUACAAUUAUUUAUGUGACGUAACGCGCGUUACACAUAAACGGUACGUUGAAAAUAUGUUCGCGGCAAGUGCGAUUUUAUUGCCGUUAUUUUUCCACAGCCACCGCGAUUAAAACCUCAUAAAGUUUCCGAGCGGGGAAAUGUAUUGCACGUUUUGCGUUAAUAUCAUUACGACCAGAGAACUUUUCCUGUUGCGUUUUGGAUCCGGUCGGCGCAUCGAUGAGGUGGUCGUGUUUUGAUUUUCCGAGUUUGUACAACAAUAUCGAUGUAUGGUUUCCGUGGUUGCAAAUAAUGAUGCUAAAACGACUAGAUUUAGUGCUUCGAAAAUUCGUCCAAAUUCCAAUUUUGGGCUGGGGGAAACGGAAACGGGCUCUAAAAUAAUAAUCGACCAAUAAUUCAUAAUAACUACAGCGUAGAAUGGUAUUUUUAUUUUUUUUUUUUUUUUUUUUUUUUCAAAAUAACCAAUUGUCGAAUAUUGCAGUAAUCGAUUUGACAUUGGCCGCUGAUUUGCUUUAUUUAUUUACAUAGACCACCCGCUGUGCAGUUUAAAUAAAUUUUUUUCAUCCAACGUCAUGUUAUUAUCAACCACAGACGUUAUAGAUACAAAGUGGCUAAUACAAAAUCAUUUCGUUGAAAACAACGGUACUCAGUUGCGAGCCAGGACAUUUUCAACAGAAGAGGAUGUAGUAAAUAUAAUGACCACGAAUAGAUCGUAGAAUCUUCUAUUAUAUUACCUAACCCGAAAGUGGGCAUUUCGAAGUUGGAUCGAGAAAACCUUAUGUAUCUAUACUUAUAAUAUUUAAUAUUUAAUUUUUAUUUUAAUAAUAUUAUAAAGAGGAAAGAUUUAGAUGUUUACGAAUAAAUGUUAACGAAUAAACCCAAAAACUACUGAACCGAUUUCAAAAAUGCUUUCACCAUUAGGAUGUUACAUUAUUCUUGAGUAACAUAGUCUAUAUUUAUUAAUAGAAAAAUUGGGUAUCCCUACAAAAAUUGCGAUUUUUAGGAUUUUAGGUAUUUUCGGUAAUUGUUUAUUUAUUUAUUUUUUGUUUAUUCGGAAGUUACUUUGGUGAUAUGGAUGAUAAUUUGAUAGUUAUGGACAAGAAUAAUAUUAUUAUUAUUAUUACUACCAUUAUUUACACUGUAGGUUGGCCCACCAUGGUAACAUGGAUGCAGAAAAUAACACAAAACUAUGCGUUUAAGUGAGUAAGCGGGUAAGUGAAAAGUGAAAACACGUAAAACGUCGUCUUUGAAUCUUUGUAUUUUUCGGAACAUUAAUAAAACUAGAGUAUACUAUUAUGUCCUGAUAAUUUUAGCGUUAUUUAAGUGGAUAUAAUAUCAUACUUUAAUAGCGUGUAAUAAUGUGCUGUGCGAGUAUCUAUGGUAACAUGGAUGAAAAAAAGUAUGACACACUAGAAUACUUUUAGUCCACCGGACUAUCCAACCUACCUCGUAUUUUCUCUCGUUCGAUACACUGAUAAGGGCAAUGCAAUACGGGAAUAAAGGUGAAAAGGAAUAAAAAAUUGGCACGGGAAACGCUUGGCGCAGGACAGCUAGUUAACUAUGUAUUUAAUAAAUCGGGUAUUUUCCUUGUAACUUGGUUAAAAUAUAUUCAAGGUUAAAUUAAUAAUAAAGAAAUACUCGAAAGUGGGAAGGUAUAACCACAAAUCACUACCUCCUCCCCCCAUAUACGCACACGAUAAAUAACAGUGGCGGAUUUAAAAACUUUUUGUACCCCCUCAGAUACCGAUAUAUAACUUCGAUAAAAUGUCUAAAGAGAGGCAUUUAUACGUAUUAAUACACAUCUUUGAAAUACAUUAUAAUUUGUCAGUACCACUCCCGGAAACAUAUUAUUGAAACUCCGCCACUGACUGACGAUAUUAUAAUAGAAAUGAUAGUUAGAUUUUGUAAAUUAUUCCGUUCGUUUUUUUUUUACUGAGAAACGAGCUAAACACUAAAAUGUAUUUAAUCGAAUAAUAGUAAAUUACCAUUGUGAUGCUGACGUUAUUAUCCGUAUGAUUGCAUCACGAAUUCGCAUCAUAACAUUAUUCCCAUACUAUACUUUUAUAAUAAUAUGGAUAAGAAAAAAAAUCCGUUGAUUAUAUUGUUAUUGUCAUUUUAUAUUAUUUUUAUUUUUACAGUAUUAUCUAUGAUUCAUAUACAUGUACAAAUACAGAUUCGUCAUGUAUAUUAACAGUCAUCGUAUAACUACAUAAAAUAUAUUUUAUGUAUAAAUUUAAUUUUUUUUUUUUUUUCAAAUUUAUAAUCGAGUAUACAUUGCGCCGUUUAUAAAGUAUAAGGAAAAAAAACUAUAAAUGCACAUUAAAUUAUAACGUUAGUGCGUUUAAUGACUGUGAACUAUACUCUAUUAAGUUUUCCGAUAAUGUUUUGUCAAUUCGUCACACAAUACGCAAUAUUGAAGUAAUCGAUAAUAAAUUUUUACGAAUCGGUUGUAAUAUAAUAUUUUAUUUUUAAUUCAGUAACUCAAACAAACUAUAAUUAAUAAUUAUAAUUAUAAUUAUUGAUCCAUUAUACUUUCAAAUGGUUUUUUUUUUUAAAAUUAUAUAUCUUCGAUGUACCCGCAGUACAGAAAAUGCUUGUUCGAUGUUUUUAACGUGUAAUAGUAACGGUCGAAGUUAUUCUUAAUUUAACGAACAACCAAAAUCUUAAUAAAAAAAAAAACAUUUUUCACAACCUUCUGUGCAUUUGUUCAUUUUAAAAAAAUUUUUAAAAAAUUAUUGUUUCCAAAUAAACAUUAUACUUUUGAAUUAUAAUAAUAUUUGACAUCGCGGAAAACAAUAUAAAUAAAUGCCAAUUCGGUACCUAAUCAAAUUGUCAACUAAAAAUAAAAACAAACAAUAUAGUUUGGAUAGGUGAAUGAAUAUUUUUUUACAAAAACCGCAUACCUUUACCAAGAUAUUAUAGUCUAAAAUCAAGUUAUAGUCAAUGAAUAAUUUCAGUUCAGUUAAGUCAAGUUAAUCCGAAAAUUCAACAUUGAUGAUAUUAAAUAAGUAUCAAUAAUAGUAAAUUUAGUUUUUGUUUUAUGCACAAUUAUUAUUUUCGUAAUGAAAACUAUUAACGUACAAUUUGUCGUUAUUUUUAAAAUAAGGAUAAUUAAAAUUAUAUGUAUUCUAAAACCGGUAUACCCGUGAAUAUUUACCCUUGUGGUAUUUGACCGGAGGAGGGGGGGGGGAAACCCACUAAAGAAAUUAUACCUCUUAAUGAACAUUGACUCGUCCUGUAAAAAUAGUGAAAUUUUAGCCCCACCCAGUCAAAUAUUAUUGAACAAAAAAAUUAAUUUGUAUAAGUAUAAAUAGUUAACUAUUAACGUUGUUUUAAAAUUAAAAAAAAAAAAAAAUCGAAAAUACGCGUAUACCUUAAUAGGAUAUAAUUGAAAAAUUAAACGGUUAUUUAUUAAUUCGACCGGUGCGAAACAACCAAGUUAAUGAAAAAAAUCAAAUCUUAAAAGAAAACGUCGAAAUUAACAUAAAUUUUAACUUGUCGACUCGUCAACGCCCAGUGUCUGGUUUGAAAUAAUAAUAUUAUAAUAUGUUGCGCAAUCAAAUAAUAGGACUUAUAAAAAAAUCAAGAAGGAAAAAUCAAAAUUUUCCUCGGGGUGUUAUUAUGAUGUCGAGACGUCACCGAUUGCCGUAACGUUCUUCUCGUAUUGUAAUUGUUGUAACCGCGAGAAUGGUUAUAAUGGAUAUUUUAUACCUGUACCUAGGUAUAUAGUUUGCAUAAUGAUGUCACUAUCGUAUAAUACAGACAGCUUUGCAGCGAGCGCAACGGAGUGUAUAUACUAUUCAUUUCUAUAAACUGUUGAUCACCUUUUCAAUAGAGUUUUUUUUUUUUUAUGAUAUUGUUAUCUAUAUGGUUGUUGUUAUGACUGCUACAGAAUUAAUCGGAUUCACGUACUAUAACGUGCCGAUCAAAUAAUAAUCACAAUCAUUAUUAUUUCUUUUCGUCAACGUUCAACAGCGACCGACGGAACAAAAACAAAUUGUUAAGUAUUUUUUUCCUUAAAACCACGCCGUUAGAAAUAGUAGCCGGCUGUUGUUGUUGCAUCGAGGUUUUCUAAUACCGCGUUAUUAUAAUGUUUAACGUCAUAUUUUCACGCGUUCGUAUAUUUUCAUAGUUCUUCGUCCGUUUCAAUUAAACGGGUAUGUAUGUUAUUAAAUCUUUGAUCCUCGCGGGUGUAAUUUAAUUGUUCACGGUCCUAAUAAGAAAAACAUUCCGCAAACUCCUGCAAACGCGAUUUUAUCGAGCGAUUCCGUCAAUGUUUAUUGUAAAGGGGGAAAAAAAAAAAAUUGAAAUUAAUAAAAAAAAAAAAUACGUCGUCCGACACUAUGCGUACUCUUCUUGAGACGUUCGUAAUUCCUUUCUCCGAACAAGAGUAUAAAUAUUAAUACGCUUUCGGUCAUUAAAAUAAUAAUAAUAAUAAUAAUAAUAAUAAUAAAUAAUAAAUAAAUAAUUACAAAUAUUAAGUUGGACCCAUUUCAAAAUGUACGUACAAAUGUUAUUAUAAUGAAGAUUGACACGGCGCGGGGGGAUCCCAGUAAAAACGACAAGGACUGCAAUGCAAUUUAAAAUUAGUAUUAUAAUUAAAUUAUUCGAUUCCAAAAUGUUGCGCAAUAACUCGGGAUAGUAUUAACUAUUAAGACGGGCGUAUGUAUAUAUAUUUUUUUUUUUUUUUUUUUUUUAUAAUUUAGAUUUUAUUAUUCGAACGUUUUAUCAAGGAUUAAAUUCGAUUGAAUUUGCAUUAUUAUUUUUGCUUUUAGUUAUCUGCUUCAAUUAAAGUCGAGUACCUAGUUUUCAUGGCUACAGCCCGCAGUAAAAUAAUCGUUGUUUACGAUUAUAAUAUUAUUAUAUAACAGGUAUACCUAGUUUUGGAAAAAUACGGUUUUCUCGGUCGCGGGAAAGUCGGAGCAUGCGAAUUACCGUUAAAUAGCGUUUCGGGCCAUCGAAAAUAUCGAUUAAUCAAUAAGAGUGUUUAUUUUUAAUUUUCAAAUUAAUGUAAUUUACCUUAUUAGAUUUUUUUUUUUUUUUCGAGGAAGAAUUUGAAUCGAAAAUUUACGAGUCUGGUAAAAUAAAUAAUUACGACAUGAAACGCUUUCGUUUGUCUACUAAUAAUGUAGCAUUUAUUACUACGUAACUAGACACGCCAAUUAUUGUGUUUCUUCUUCUAAUGAAAUGUCUACUCUCUAAGCGUUUCGUCACCGUGACUACAUUUCACCAUUUGUCUCCAUCUUUAAAUACUUCUUUACAGUUUUCAACUCUCAGACUUGUUCUCGAGUCUUCUUUCUUGGGAUUUCCAUUCCUUGGCUGUCUUAACUGUUUAGUUUUCACCUUUCCUCGUUACGUGCCCUGAACCCGGUAUUCUAUGCACCUUAAAUAAAAUUCGUCACUGAUGCUAUUUCCGACACACCGCUCUUUAUUGUACCUCCUUCACCAGAUUCCCGUCGUUUCAUCGAUGGCGAACCAGCAGAUUUACCUCCAUACUUUAAUCUCAAAUAUUCUCAAUCUUCUUUCAUACACUAUACAAACCGGUUGAUUACAUAGAAUCUUUUCUGUUCUCGUGAUUUUCGACGAGUUCCAUUAUCUUGGUUUGAUCGUUAUUUAUUUCUAAACCUAUUUUAUUCGUUGCUUCUUCCAACACUCUGACCGCAUUAAUUGCGUCUGCAAGUGAUUCACUUAUUAUUUCUAAACCGUCUGCGUAUUCUCUCUGUAGAAACCGAACUGUAUUUUGAUUGAUUGAUUAUGAAGUGACAUUACCUACUACUACGUUCUCUAGGACAAGAUUAUUAUUAUUUACAUAUUAUAUUUCAAAUUUUUGUCGUAUCUGCUGUGAUUUCAUUUUUCGAUAUUUACGAAAUUGUACACAGCCACGAAAACAACUGUAAUUUCAUCGAAUUAUAUAGAAAAAAUACGUAUACUUUUAAAUUCAUUGAACUAAAUAGUCGAGUGACUUAAAUACUACUGAAAUCGUAAACGGAGAAACUAUGUAUAUUAAUAUACCUAUUCAAAAGUAAACGAAAAUCGUACGAGUAUAUUCGUCGACGAUACAUUCAAUCGAAUAGCCAGAAAACAUUUUUAGUUCACGAAAAAAGUUUUUUUUUUUUCAACUAUCGUAAAUGUAUUAUACCUAUACUAAUAAAUCAGAGAUCUGGUGUUUACCUUUGGUGCCUAUGCCUAUGAAAUAUAACGGAAAAAAAAAAUAUCAUUUUUAUACAUUGCAAUAUAAACUAUGAGCCAUAGUGUUGGUAUCACUGUUACUCAAUAAUAUUAUUAGUCUCAGCGUUCAUAUGUAAUAUUGUUAAACCAGUGGUUUUAAUUAGUUUUGACAUUCGUUGAGCGCGAUAAUUUGUAUUUGUAACAUAAUAUUAUCAUAUAUAUAUAUAUAUAUAUAUAUAAAGGAUUAUAGGUAGGUACCGUUAUAAAAUGUCCGUCAAAACGAGACAUAUUUUAGCCUACACUUACGCUCAAAGACGUCUCAAACCCAAACGUCGUACAUAAUACGACCGUAAUGUAUUAUUAUAAUAUUAGCGUUCUGUUAUAUUGAUACAUAACGUACAUGUACAAGAACCGCCGAGUAAAAAUGAAAAUUAUUAUAAAUCGAAGCGUCUCCUGAAAAACGACGCCGACGUAUACGUUUAUAACUAACUUUUUUGUUUUUUUUUCCCGUUUCAGUUGUACACGGUAUGAUAGCAAUGGACGACGUAUCCGACACGAAUCAAAUAUGGAGGAUGCUGUUUUCCGAAUUUCUGGGCACGGCCAUACUGUUGUUUCUGGGUUGCGGCAGCAUUAUGUGGCUGGACGGAGUCACUUCGUCGGCAGUCAUACAAAUUUCACUGACUUUCGGUUUCACGAUCGCUACGCUAGUGCAAGUAAAUAUACGCGCGGGAUGAUUUUUAGAUUCCGAACGCGGUGAGGAAUGUAAUAGUUUUACUAUGUUUUUUUUUUUCUUUUGCGUGUCCGUAAAAAACUUUUUUACCAGAAAUCUUGCUUCAAUCAUAAAAGUGACAAGGCAGUUUUUUGUAGGAGUUUGAAAAAAGGAAGAAAAACGUAGGAAAACUGAGAAAGUUUACGGAAAUAAUCGUUUCAUUAUUUUCGAUUUUGUUAUUAUAUUGUAGUUCGGUCAAAAAUAAUCAUAAAGACGAGCAAUUUUCACACAAUAAUUUAUGUAAAAUUCUUUACUAGACGUGGUAAAAUUUUCAAUAAAAUAACUCUAUGUACCUCCAUAAUUAUACUACCUUUUAAACUUUUUGCAUGCAACACAUGCACACACCCAUCAGCAGUAGGUGUCAUCUCAUUUUUUUUGCGCAGUCUAUUUUGGAAAAGUACCUAUUAAAAAAAAAAAUAAUAAUAACGAUGACAUUGAUCGUAACUUCUACGCAGCGAUGGUGGUUCGAUUUCCACGCAUUCAAUGUCACGUAAAAAAAAAAUCCCGAGCGGCGCGAGCUGCGCGAUACUAACCGGUGUUUGCACAAGUGUUGUAUAGGUGUUUUGCUCGGGGAGUUAAAAACAAAAAAAUUAUAUAUUAUCAAUAUGUUCCACAUAACCUCAAAUAAUAAUACAUAGGCAUUCGCUCUUAAAUUUAAUAUGAUACUAUUACGGCGUGUUAUUUAUAACGCAAUUUUACUAAACAAAACGGUUUUUCUCCGGCGCGAGCUAAUGAACCAAAUCGUAUUUUCACUAUCUUUACUCAACUACAUUUUUGUGUGUGACAUUUCUACGGUCGGUGUAUGACGGUUUAAAUUUUGUGCGAUUUUGUUUUUUUUGCUCUAAGUUUAAUUAUUACGAUUCGGUGUUAUAAACAAGUUUUAUAAUAAUAUAAGUACCUAUUGUAGAAUAGCAAAUGUGUACCAAUGAGUCUUAUAUUCUUUCAAACGUAUUUUUCCUACGCACGUAUUUCACGCUUUAACAAUAAAAAAUAAUAUCGCUAUAUAAACGAGGUGAAAUAUUAAAAAAAUAUAUAUAUAUUCCUGACAUAAAUUUACAUUUUUUUUCGUACAUAUCAAUAAAUCUAUAAAGUUAGCGCGUAAAAAUAAUAACGCAAGGUGAGUGGUUUUUUUUCUUUAUUUAAUCAUAUUUUCUACGUAGGUACCCAUCUACUUCCGUAUUUUCCGGUACUACUAUAAAUCAUCGUAUACUGUAAGAGUUACGGAUAUUAAGAACGAAAAGAAUUAAAAUAUUAUACAUUUUUCAUGCCUGUGUGAAGCUAUAUCGUUUGAAGGUCACUAGAAUAAUAAAAGCCCGAAAAAGUAAAAUAAUAAUAUAUUCAACGUUUAUUUAUUAUACAAUUUUCAUAUUUGAAUUUAAGCCAAGAAUAUAUAAAGGAACUGUAUUAAUUUCGGAUAAUGCAGUAGAGUUUUUUUUUUUUUUUACCUUUGCCUGGAAAAAAAAAUUUUUCAUGGGCGUUAAUCAACACACGCUCGACAAUAUUUGCGUGCAUUCGUUAUAAAAUAUUUGUGUUCAUGAAAUGGCACUUGAGCACACUAAGUGCAGCUUUCGAGAAAUUAAUAAUUUCUUUUUUAAAUUUAACGUUCAAAAAAAAAAACUUUACCAUUUUCACAAGUAAAAAUAAAAAGCAUUUUGUUCACGGCAUUUUUUUUUUUUAUAAAUAAACGAUAGCAUAUAAAAAGUGAGCAUUUUAAACAUUAAUAGAAUCCAUGCUCGGAGUUCUUACGUAACGAAAAUCGGAUGUGUGUAACUUUAUCCUUUCAAUAAUUUCGAUUCCGCGGUUUUGAGGUUAGAAUAUAUUUUUAAAGACGGGUUUUCCAUUCGAGAUAAUCUAAAUUUCUAAAUAAACCAAUUAUUUUUGCAAUCAAUAAAAUACAUAGAUUUUAAACCCCGAAAAUUACACGUCAUAAAACAAACCUAAUGGAAGUCAGUACAAACAAAAAAUAAAUCUGUAACUGGUGAGGGACUGUUGUAGAUGGAAAGUUGGGAAGGUUUGAUGCAUAUAUUUAUUUAAUUUAUAUCUAUACGAAACGAUAAAUUAUUGUUAACGAUAAACGAUUCUGAGUAAAGUUCGGUUACACAUGUUUUGAAAUGCCAUGAUUUUUAGGAUUUUCGUCAACAUUUGAACUUUAAAGUUUCAUAAACAAACUUCUAUACUACCCUUGAUUUUUAUGGCCCUAAGUACAACUUAUGAUAAACCUCGUGACCAAUUCGCUAACAUUUUUGCUCGGUCAAAACAAUUGUAUCUAUAUGGCAUAAAAUAAAAUCUAAACAGGAUUUUUGAUACAAAAGUUGUUUACAACAGGAAAAAAACACAUCAUAUUAUAGUGAAACUAAUAUAUUUCUCGUUGCGAGUGUUUUAGAUUCGCCGAAGAAUCUAAAAAAAAAUGUUUAAAAAAUAUUAGUGUUGAAAAUCGUUCUGCUUAAUACACAACUUAUAUCGUAUUCUGAUGUGUGGGUGCAGACGAUUUUUAUUUUUCUUCUGUUUUUUUUUUAUUAUCCUCGCGUUUUAUAACCGUAAUAUAUUAUGCAAUAAAUUCCGGAUAAUUAUAUUAAAUCAUAUGUAUGUGUAUCAUAUAUAAUGGAAUAAAUAUUCAAAACUAUUUUUUAUAUAUUUUUUUUCAUGGUACAGCGGAUUAGUGUGGUUAAUUUGUUAUUAUACUGAAUAUUCUAUUUUAGAUAUUCGGUCAAAGCAGUGGAUGUCAUAUCAACCCGGCGGUCACGGUUAGCUUUUUGAUCACCGGCCAAUGUUCGUUUGUGAAAUCCGCUCUGUACAUCGUUGCCCAGUGCGUUGGGGCAAUAGCCGGUAUCUACCUACUUCAAGUGAGUGAAGUUCACGUUAUUUCUACAUAUAUAUUAUAUAGUUCAGUAUCAUGUUUUGAUAAUAUUAUUAUUUGAUACCCGCAAGGGAGUCGAUAUCGAAUAGUAUUAUACGCAACCUUCAGAGCCGUAUUAGUUUGUGCUAGUCCAGACUGGUUCAAGUCAGAAAAAGGCGCAAAAUCCACAGUUUAUACACAAUAGAUAAAUAAAAUUGUAAUGGAAAUUGAUACGGGUAAGGUAGGCUAUGGGUCCGAGUAGAAAUCGGCCAGAGACACUGAAAAUCCUUGUUACAGCUUUGGUAACCGUGAAGAUUUGAAACCCAACGAUAAGUCUGUAAUAAUAAUACAAUUUGAAAUAUAAUUUAUUAAUAUAACAAACUUUUCGAAAAUCAAUAACCGAAAAUUGUGUUCUGUCUAACCUAUAACCAACGCAAAUAUCCCCAACAGUUCGAUUGGAGGAGAAUUGAACAAGAGAAAUUAAAAAUCUAACCAAUUUUAUCGAAAAGCGUAAUACGAAAACUCAAUGAAAUUAAUAUUUUGGUUUAUUUUCACAACACAGAAUUAUAAUAUGAUUUCUGAAUAAGGCAACGUUUAUUUAUUUAUAUUUAAUUUUUUGAUUUUUUUUUUUUUUUUACAUUUUGGUUCGUCCUUAUAAUCCAGGGUUCAUAUCAUCGUUUUAAAUAUGACUGAAAUAAAAAAAUUAACGUUUUCGAAGUAUAAUAUGUCCCAGUUAACGAAAAACGCAGUUACGACUUGUGUUGUUUUCGAAAUGAUAUGAAUAAUAUUUUACAUCGAUAUCAUUAUAGCUGAUAAUGAUUAUAUACAUAGGUAUUAAAGCUGUUUAUCCUUGACCAUCAUAAUAAUUAAUAUUGUAAAUUACUUAUUAAAGAUUGUUAUGCAAUAUGAUAUUUAUUUUAAAAUAUAUAAUCGUCUUCGUGUAAGUAUUCAAAUUCUUCUGCACACUGUGCGCCUAACUUAAUAAUUCAAACUGAACCUAUAACCUUCGAACAAUUUUAUUUUCAAAUAAUAAUAUAAUGUACCAAAUCGUUUCUUUCUUUUUUUUUUUUUUUUUUGUUUUAAGCUAAUGAAUCAUUCCUAAUCGUCGUUGAACUUAAUUGAUUAGCAAAGGAAAAACCAAUAACGUAUCCACAAUUCACUAUUUUAAAAUAUUAGUUUAACUUCUUGCUUCAUACACGAAAAUUCUUCUUCUUCUUCCUGAUAUCACAACUCUUCGACAGUUUUUACCUUUAUAGCCGUUAUAUUCACCCACUGCCUUCCACUCGUCAUCUCCAGGUUUUGUUAACCAAUCUCAUAUUGGUCUCUCCCAUUGGUUUCCACUCAACACUCGAUCGGCGUUUUUUUAUGUUCGCUGAGUCCGGCCUUCUCGUUACACAUCCAAAAUGUAUUGUAUGUACGGAACUCCCGUCAUCUCUCGAAUUCCUUUUUUUUAUUUCGUAUUAUACCAAAAUCCAAAUUCAUUGGCAUAACAUGGGCCUCAUAAAAUCUUCUGUAUUUUAUUCUCAAACGCCAUCAGUUUUUGCUCCGUACAGGCUGUUAAAGUUCAUAUCACGUAUUCAUAUGUUAUAUUUCAUAUCUUCUGGAAAACAGUUUCGUAUUAUUUCGAUAAUAUUCGGUAAUAUUAUUCGUUAUUUUGGUAGUUAAUUACACCUCUCAUGUUUAACAAUAAAAUUAUAAUACUGUUAAAAAUACAAUAACAAAAUCGUUAUAAUGUAAUAGUAUCGUUACAAACACGACGUUUAUAUUAUAUUUUUUAUUUAUAUUGAACUAUAAUUGUUCAGUUUUUGAUUCGACAAUUAACAUUUUUUUUUUUUUUUUUUGUUACGCAAUAACAAAACAAAAUCAUUAAAACGUUUCAUUAUCUAUUAAUAACACAUUUAAUUACCGGGGGGUAAAUACUGUUUUAUAUUUUGGUCCCGGCUAAUCGACAUUAUAUGUUUCAAUUUACGAUGCCUACGUUAAAAUUAAUUCAAAACACUAUUACGUGAUAACGUGUUUUAAAUACUAUUGAAUUUGAACGUUCAACAACUUGCAAGUUAUAUAAUACGGCUCCAAAACACAUUUUAUCACUUUCAUUAUUUUCGAUCCCGUUUAAAUAAUUAGGCUCUGAACGCGAUGGAACCCUGUUGGUGUACACCUACUUGUUUCAAACAUUUUUUUUCGUCAACUUUUGUCGCACGGGUUCUUGAUAAGAAUUUGAUGAAUCGAAAUUCUCGGUUGGACACCGCGAAAAAUUAAAAAACAAAAAAAAAUGUGAACAGAUAAUAUAAUAGAAUUAUUCAAGCGGUUGAGAAACGAUAAUUUUCUCACAAAGGUCAUUUGGAAUUAUACGAGAAAAGGUUUAUCACUUUGUCCAUAUUAAUUUUUGUUGAAUUAUAUUUAAUGUGUAGGUAUUUAUAGAUGAUAUAGGUAUUUUAAAUAAUUUGAUAAUUUUUGUUUGUCCGCAGUUCGUUACGCCGAACGCUAUCACCAAAGGCUUAGGUAAAACGGCUAUCAACAGUGCGCUCGAACCGGGCCAAGGAUUCAUCGUGGAAGCGUUCAUCACGUUUGUUCUGAUCUUGGUCAUCCACUCGGUGUGUGACGAGGCCAGCCGGAGCAACGUGGUUACACCGGCCCUGUCCAUCGGUUUGACUAUCGCCGCUGCUCAUUUGGCCGCCGUAAGUUCAGACACAUCUUAUAUUAUUAUUGUUUUACCAUAAUUGGUUUGGUAGACACAUUGAGAGAGAACCAAUUGAAAUGAUAAUAUGGCCGAUUUAUGAGCAUGUGUUGUGAGACACGUGAGAAACGACGCGAUAUUUAAGAUGAUAUUAUUUAGGCGAGUGAAAUGUAUAUAGAUGGAAAAUGCAUAGUGUAUGCAGGAUAUUUUUUCGUGUGGAAAUUCUAAGAAAUAAACACGAUUUAAAUAAAUAUAGAGACUGGCCAUUAUUAAACCUGAUUUUUUUUUUCUGUUAACACGUUUUCAACCAGCAAUUUCGUUUCAAAUUUUGAUGACGGCAAUGUUUCUAAAAGAAAAUAUCGCUAGGGAGGUACUUUAGAGAGUGUAUACUUCGAUUUUCUCAGGAGUUUUGCCAGCAAAUGUGAAAAACCAGGAUAAAACAUGGGAAAACCGGAAAAAUCGGCACAACAUUAAACAAAUAUUAUUAAAGAAAAUACAUAAAGCCAAUUAAUUAUUUUCCUAUAAAAUAACUUAUAUAUAUUGUUGAAAAAGCAUCACUAUCAACUAAACUCCGUUCAGAAUCGUUUUUUUUGUAAGCAAUGGUUUAUCGUGGCUUACAGGUGUACAUUAAAUUAUCUAUAACAGUGGCUACACCCGUUUCCAUUGUCUUGGGGCGUUUUUUUUUUAAAUCUGCGUUGAAUAUAUUUAUUACAUAUCAUUUGCGUUUUGUCUGAGGGUCGUUGUUCAAACACACGCGAACAUGACAAUAACAAUUAAUGUGAUUCGUUUUGAAAUCGCGCGGAACAAAAAGGAAACACUGCAGGGAGACUGUAGUAUUAUUUUAUUUAUUUUUUUUCGUGUCGAACCAUUCUUCUGUACAUUAAAAUAUUAUUUUCAAGUACGAUUUUACGGUACCUUCGGGACAGGACGUUAUGUGUCGCAAUAUGAAUUUACUCGCGGUGUGUUCUGUGGGGACAUAUUAUUGCGGAUUGAAACAAAAACCGAAUAACAAACCGCCGAGUACGGUUUAUAAGUACUCGGAGUACCUUAUAUACUUGCCAUAUGCAGCGCUCGGUUCAAUGAAUAAUAAAGCGUAACACAAGACAUUAGGAUUUUUUUUUCAACCUCAAAUUCCGCAAGGAUAUCUUACUCGUAUACAUUGUAUUACAUAGUAUAUAGUCUGUGCACGCGAACGGUGUCGACGGUUGUAGAUUUCCUUUUGUUGUAUUGAUAUUUUUUAAUCAAACACCUUCACCGAACAACAAUUGCGGGCCUACCUAUAGUCUCGUAAUAUACUCAGUUAGCCGCGGGGAUGCUUGUUUAUCGCCUGCGCGCGUUAAAAUUGUCCUACUACGCGCGUGUAUAGAUAAUAAUUAUAACAACGAUAUAAAAACAUAAAAACAACGGAGAACAAAAUUAUUAUUAUUAUUAUUAUUAUUAUUUUUUGUACACUAGCGUAAUUUGUUAUUCGCGUUACGAUCCGAAUGUGACGCGGAGAAAUAUUUUUCAAAGUGAAAAAUUAUACAGCCGUUUAGACGCAUUACUAUAGAAAACGUUCGGUGUACUUACGUCCGACAGCUGCAUUUUAAGAUAUUAUUCGCGUGCGAACGACAGUAUAAUAAUAAUUAUUAUAUCGUGACUCACGCAUAUAUAGAAGUGUAUUUUAAUUUCGAUUCGCCCGGGGACUCGGACGGCGAACAGAAUCCGUGGUUCGUCGGAUGAUAUCCGGUUCCGUUGAUCAGUACAUAUUUAAUUCACGGUGCAAUACGAUCCGUUCAUAAAUAGAUCGGGCGUUGGCGCGCAAUGAUUUUUUUAUAUUUUUUUUUUUUAACGCGCUAAUCACGCGAGAUUAAUGUACGAAGACUGAAAAGGACCAUAGUAAUAUGAUCGUAUCGAAUAGCGGGUGUCGUAAAAUAGAUAUACUCGUUAACAUAACGUCGGAAACGAUCCGGAUUCGCCAUAGUUCAAGAAUCCGAAAGCUAACAUUUAUUUUAAAUCCGGAUUUCAGAGAUUCGUUUGCGAGUCUUUGUGUUUUUUAUUUAUUUUUUUAUCGUAAUAUCAAUAUUUUAAUGUUUAUUUAUGUGAGUCAAAUUGCCGACUCGGCAGUCUAAAUUUUCAAGUUUGGGGAGUUGUUUUAAUCCCCCUCCCCCCUAAACCCUUUCGCCAGCACUCUCGGCGAAUUUUCUCACGACGUUGCCGUUGCGGGUGCUACGGAAAAAAAAAACCGUAGUCAUGGCGCAUUACGCGGUACGAUGACGUCACGGAAUGAUAGCGCGUUAAAUAAAACGAUACUGUUGCGUUAUUGUGUGAUGCCGUUCUACGGCACAAUUCCCGGUUUGAUUUGUUCUGCUCAGACCGCAGUCGGAAAAACAGAAAAAUAAAAUAAUAAUAGAGAAACAAUAGCAGUUGGUGGAAAAAAAUAACCGUCGACGAUGACGAGGUCUGGCCGCAUAUACGACGACGACGAGUGAGAGGCUCAGGAAAUGUCGAUUUUUUUUUUUUCUGUUAUUUUGUUUCGAUGUUGCCAAGGACAUGUCGGAGCGCGUAAUCGAGGGAGACGCGUGACCUUUGCCGUUGCAAUUGCACUGUCAGCGGAGGAUCACAAUCGUAUAUAUUAUAUUACGACGAUAUUAUAAUAUAGAGAAUACGUUUCACGAUUAUUGCGGCGCCAAACUAUACCUACUUACGGGGCUUUUUAUUUUUUUUUUUUUGUAUUAUGUUAUUCCGCUUUUUGUGACUGCAUAAUAUAAACACGACGAUGCUUUAUAUUGUUGGACCGAAACAGUCGGCAGUUACGUAUAUAGGUAUUAACCUACUUGCCCGCGCCGGUAUAACGGAAAACACGUCCGGCGACGUUGUCGACGCAGAUACUUAAAAGUAAUACAAAGACAAUUAAUUUUCCGUGGAAAAAAUAUCUCCUCGAAAAUCAAGAAAAAAGAGUUUCUACAAAAUUCGAAUUUCAAAAAAAAAAAAAAAAAAAAAAACACAAGAGCAGACAUUUUUUUGAACUAUACAACUAUACUACUAUAGUAAAAAAAAGGUACAAUGAAAAAAGUAUCAGAUUUUUAAGUGGCCAUAUAAAUUACUGAUUUAAAAUAUAUCGAAAAUGCUAUCAAAUAUCCAAUAUUUGGAUAUUUUUAAAAUUAAAGAAAGUCUGUCUAGAAAAUAAUUAGAUGAGGAAAUUUCGUGAUCUACGAUUUUAUCUUCCUGACUACAAAAGCAAAAAACCGAUUUUGACAAAAACCGGCGCGGCGUUAUGUACAUAUUCCCCCAAUAAUAUGAACAUAACAGGGAAACCAUCCCUGGUGUUGAUGUUUAGAAAAAUAUAGCCGGUCAAAAAGUUGUUUACAGACAGCGAGAAAAAAGAUCAGUCAUAGUGAAACCGAACAAUUCUCGCUUUGCACGGAAUCUAAAAAAUGUCGAAUUCACGUUCAACUUUAUUUUUUGACCAGUACGAGCGAAAAAAGUGUCAAAUUUUUGAAUAGCUAAAAUAAAUACGCCUAAAACCAAAAUCAAAAAUGCUGUCCAACAGUUAUAGAUAAUUAAAAAAAAAGAGAGCCAAUAACGCGUAUCGUACAUUACACCAACUGUAUAGAUUUUAAACGUCGUGAUAAUAACGUUCCGUUCGAUUUUUCGACCGGAACGAGUCUUUUGGGUUUUGGUCGAAAACGUGUAGCGAUUUAAAAAAAUAUUUCUGUAAUUAUAGCCGGCGAGUACCCGUAAUCAAUAGUGCACUCAACGGCGGUAGCCUUUAUGAACGUCCGUUUGUAAUGCGAUUAUUGUGCGAAGAGAAUUCAAACGCGUGACACGUUUUUCGUCCGCCGGCCAUAUUUACGAACGACCGUAAGUCAGGCGAUGGACUGUCCCGGACGGCUCCUAGACAAACAACACCGGGAGCUCAUAACUGUACGAAUAAUACGCGAUCAUUCGGAUUUCCGGUCGGUAUGAUUUCGCACAAAAGCGAUGCGCACGUCUAUCUUUCCGGUCAAAAGCCUAUUUCCCGAUUUCGCUGUUGUGUAGCCGGGGUUCGUUCGACUCGUCGCGAGGCCGGCCGCCGUCGUCGUGCCCUCGUCCGACUUCAUCGCUUUUAUCUUGUCGAAUUACGCGCGCGCCUAAAUAAUAGUAAUUAUUUAACAAUAAUAAUAUUCCGUGUCUUGAUUAUAAUAAAGUCUCCUCGACAAUGUAUAAUUCAUUAUGUACUGCGCGGGCACACGAGAAACGUCACACACUCGUCGUGUUAUUACUGUUCACAGUAUAUUUCCGACCUGAAUGGUUAACUACAUGCAAAUACGAAUCGUGAACAUUCUUAUUGGUAUAUGCGGACUCACUGCACCAAAGCCGUCAUCGUAUCGUCCGUCCGUCGUUAUAUUCGGUCGACGGCGUCGGUUUUGUUCAGCGUGUAUAAUAAUGUAAUAAUAUGACGCCGUCAUUAUGCGGUUUUGUUUUGUUAUCAACUACACCGGGGCCGGUCGUUGAACGAUACACCGAAACACGACGAACAAAUACGAUAAAUACCGUGAUUGUUUAACGCGGGAUGGAAAACUUUACAGUUUACUGCGGCAGAACAGCUGCGGCUGUGCGCAACGUAGAAACACAAACAAAAUAAUACACCGGACGUCCGGAUCGUUGUUGGAAUAUGGUAAUAAUUAAUAUUUCCUGCAAAUAUCGACCACCAAUACGUUAAACGAAAAUCGUAGUUCAUUACGAUUAAUAUUAUUACAUGUGUACGUAGGUAAUAUUGAUUUUAUCCGGGAUUAUUGAAUUCGACUACAAAUGUUGAUUUCAGUACCAAAUAAUUUAACAAAUAUUUCCGAAUUGUUUGCGAUGAGUAUGGCAUUUCCCCAGCUUGUUAGCGUCCUACCCAGGAGACGCCGCACGUAGAUACAGGUUUUCUGUGCAGUCUCACACGACAAAUUCGUGUGCUUGUGUACGUUGUUUAGUGUUUGAACGGUCAGUUGUAUUUAUUUUCGAUAAUUUUUUUAGUAAUUAUACGAAUUAUUAUGGAAAACUAAAACCAUUUAGAUUUACACGAUUCAAAACUAUAUUUUUUUUACUUCAGAGGUGAAGUCGGUGGGUAAAGGGGAUUACAGUCAAUGGGCCGUAUUUAUGUUUGCCUACCAUUCUCUAUACUGAACCGUAUAUUGAAAAACAUGGACAACUUUGUCAGAAAAUAGACUCAAUAGGUGCUAACCAUCGUGACUAGUAUAAAUGAAAAAAAUACGUUAAUGAAAACGAUGUAUAAUUAAUGUCUUUGGUUGAAAUUCUCCUAUUGGAGGAUACAGCUGUCAGAUGAUUAUAUACCUAUUCCGUAUAAUAUGUAGUAUAGUUACAAGAUAUGCCAUUUUACGUAUAAAUUCUCAUUUCAUUAUUAGAUUUUUUGUUUUUUUAACCAAUUCAUGUUUAAAAUAUUAAUUACCCUCGUUAAGGUGCAUAUAGAUAAAAAAACGUUCAAAAAAGAUGUAUUGGACGGCUAGACCACCUUACCGUACGCCCAUGAUUCAAGCAAAAACGUAUUCAGCCCUUCCCUCCACAAUACAAAAUCGAUGUGACUCGAAAUGACUAAAAUCAGUCUGGGACUCAAUUCGAUGUUACCUAUUUUAUCAUAUUAUUUUUUUAUAAUUUUUGAGAGCGCGUCUAUAUUUAGUAUUAUAAUAUUGGAUUAGAUGUUCUGUUAAGCACAUAAAUGCGAUAUAUUCGCACUUUAUAAUUUCUAUUAAAACCGAUUCGAAUGUAGGUCAUGUAAAUAUAAUUUAAUAUAAUAUUUUAAUCGUACUUUAUUUCCCGUGUCUAUAAGAUUGUACAAAUAUUUGUCUGAUAACGCAAUAUUUUUUGUAAAAAAAAUCGUUAUCAAAUUACGUGUUUUUUACGACUUCUCCAGUUACGAUAAAAUCAGGACCUUCUUUAAACGGAGUAGCUUUUAACAAUAUUUCAUACCGCUUGCAUUUCGUUUGUACAGAAACUUGUCAGUUUUCAGUAAUUAAUUCAUUAAAUGUAAAUAUAUAUAUAUAUGAAGUAAUAAAAUCCGCCGACUGGUCCUUAUUGUUGACUAACCCUAAAAAUAAUAUGGUCCAUUGUGUUUGUUCCAUGAAUAAUUUACAACUCAACCAGCGCAGAAACGCGGAACGAACAAAUUCGAAGAGCGCAACGAAAAGGGAUUUGAUUUUUAAAGUUAAUAAGAGAUCGCAUUUUUUAAGUAGAUUAUUUUAAUGUGCGGGUGCUGGUGUAACGUUACACCAGCACCCGUAUGGGAAAAACGGUUUUUCUGAUACAUUGUUUAGGUUAUGAACUCCGAAUUUUUAGUUACGAAUGAUUACGAAUCGGUUACUAAAGUAUGAAACAAAUUUAAAAAAAAAAAAAUAAUUUAAAUUAUGGUGCCAGUGUAACGUACCUCUGAAGGCAAUGAAGACUAAUCAAUGGGAUUCAUUGCUGAACAAAAGUAACAAUCGUAUUUCAGCUAUACUUCAGCUCAUACCUAUCAGUUACUCGCAGCACCACUCUGUAAAUAUCGGAUCGUAUUCAAAGAACGGUUCUCUAAAAUCACAGCAAACGCAGUCAAUCGGAAUAAAGGGAAUAAAGCUUAAACUUCUCACCACAGCGAUAUCGAAAAUCAAAUAAAACGAAAAAAAAAAAAAUCGUUUGAUAACAAGACGGUGUUUUUGAUUCCUCAAGUAGUUGUAUUAAUAAUAUUUGGAGAUAACUGAGAAAAACGGGAAUGUUUAAGGCCAUGGCGGUUUCUUUAUUUUCAGUUCGGUUUUUUUUUGUUUUGUUUUUUUUUUUUUGUAACUUGUGCGGUGGCGAGACGCGCGGCAUUUGAAUAGUGUUGCCCGACGGCAAAUCCAAAAGUGGAAUAUCUCGUCAACGGGUUGACGGAAAUUAAAAAUGCCAGCGUCAAAAAUUUAAACUCAAACUUCAUUAUAUAUUUAUCGAGUUUUCAAUACAAGUUGCUGUUUGAAAAUCAAAAGCGGCCGGCGGCUUAAUAAUAAAAGCGACAAAAAAUAACGGAAACGUAUAGCAUUUUUAAUAAGAGCGGGCUCGUUUCUCGAAUAUAAUAUGUUCUAAAAAAACAAACUGUGAAAAGUCUUAAUAUUAUUUUCCGAGUGUCUUACGCCGCAUGUAUUUGUAUUUGAGCCGACACUGUAUACCUGCAGCUAUCGCCUAUAUUGACUUACUCGUUUCGUCGAGUACGCCGAGGGAGGGGGGGAGGGAAAUAAAAAAAAUGUAAACAAGCACCGACCGAAAGAAAUAUAAUAUACACCGCAAAAUAGAAUAAUAUAACGCCUACGGUUUAAACGCGGUAGCUUUGUAGGUUAUUCGUUAAAAUAUAAAAACGACCAGCUUAGCCUUUACGCAUCGUUUUUCUAGUCCGCGACAAUUUAUUUUACUGGCUUACGAUAUUAUUGCGUGCACAUAUGUACUCGUAUAAUAGGUAUAAUAGGUAAUAUUGUCAUCCGAAAAAAAAGCGUAAAACACCUGCGCGCACACACAAACAUACGAAUAACGACCAAUAUAACACAAAGUUACUAAUAAUGAAACGCUGACGGAUCGUGCCGUUGUGUGCGGGUGCGUGUAGACUCGGCUUAGCUUGGCUAAUAAUAUAUUAUGGUUUUACUGUUGUUGUGCGUUUUUUUUCCCCACUAUGUCUGUUGACGACUUUUCUACCGGAAAUCUUGGUCCGGUCAUCAAGCGAAGAAAAUAAAAUUGCGUCUGGUUGUUGUAUAAUAAUCGGUUCUCAAUAAUUGGAAAAAUGUACGCGGUUUCAGUUUUCAUUUUCGUUGUAUAAGUUAUCAGCCAUCAGUCAUACAGUCUCGAUUUGGGUUUACGUGUACGGAAUUCGGCGCGUCAUAAAUGCUCGACAAUUCAACGCAGAGUUCAUUAUAAGUCGUUCUUGGCGGCGACAAAAAAAAAAAAAAAAAACAGUUUAUGAGCGUGAUAUAGUCCGUAGCUUUUUAUAAGCGUCUAAAGUUCAUAUUAUAAUGGGAAUCGUAAACGUCGCGUGGCAUUUCGAAACGUGUUUAACCGAACUUCGUUCGAAAUCGUUUUACGAUUUAUUGUCACGAGCUCGCAUAAAUUAAUAAUAACCCUGUAACAUUCUGCGUAUCCCGACUUUCCAACUUUUUUUUCCCUUUUUGCCGUUUCCACGAGUGCUGACUUUUUUCUUUUAUUUUCUCAGAGAAGAUACUCUAGGUACAUCGCUGCUUUUUUUUUUUUUGCGCCCCGAAAGAGUAUCGGCGCGCCUAAAAUUAAAAGAAUCCAUAGGACGGACACGUCAUUAUAAUUGUAAGCUAUCAUUAUAAUAAUCGUUGUUAUUAGACGGGCAUCAAUCUUGGUCCGGCCGCGGUGGAUUUCGUCACCGAUAACGAGUCGGUACUUGCAGUGUACCGUACCCACAUGACGCGCGUACUCACUAUUUUUUUUUAGUGUUAUUAUAACGAGCUGUGCAGCGCGUAAUAUGAUUUUAUUUAUUUGAUAAUAUUAUUCUAUACGCACACGAACGCGGGAAAAAACUAAACGUUUUCACUUUGGGCACAACAGAAAAAUAAAUAAAUAAACAAUCGUGCUACGACGAGAUGGGCUCCAAAGAUAAUAACGAUAAUAAUAAUAAUAUUAUUAUGAUGAUAUCGCACGAUGAUAAUACUGCGGCGAUCGUUUGUUGUUGUUGUUGUUGUUGUUGUUGUUGCUGUUUGUUGUUAAUAAUAUUAUAUUUAUAUUUUUAUCCGUCGGAAAAUCGGCGUCGUCCGCCCACGUCAUAUCAUAUCGUAACAUUAAAAUAAUUAUCGCUCCGGCCGCGGGCCCGGUUAUUACUGUAAAUACAAUGAUAUGAGAAUAAUUAUCGCUAACAACGUCGUUUAUCCGGCAGAAGAACGGGUACGAAUUAUUGCAGUCGGUUACCGGGGUUACCGCGUUUUGGUAAAAACAAAAAAAAAAAAAAAUCGUUCGUCGCCGAGACGAGCAAGGACAACGUGUGCGGAAAAAUCUCGGAAAUACCCGCGCUCUGCAAUAGACCACCGUAUCAUUAUAUCGUUGUUGUUUUCGUCAUUAUCAGUGUUUACAAUCGUAAUACACUGUCAUUAUCAUCACUAUAAUCGUCGUGGACGGGAUAGAGGAGCAAAUUAGACGAUCCGCUGCUGGUGAGGAAAUCGUAAACGCGCGAAAACACGUGCCAUCGCGAUAAUCGGUUUUUUUUUUUCUUUGGAAAUCCAUUCGCAGGUAUACGAGUUGUAACACAAUUGUUUUGUAGGUUCUACGACGUCUGCGACGCAUUUGAGGUGGAGGGGACCGAUAGUGGAAAUUUUCCCCACCGAAAGUGUUUUUUUUUUUUUAUACACAAUUAUUUAAGUAAUAAAAAUGAAAAAUAAUUUAACAACUUUCCAACUAGAAAUCUUGCUCCAAUUGACACCUCUAUAGAUUAAGUGCUAUCUAUUGAUUUAAACUAGCACUGAUAUCGUGAUUUCAACGCAAUUCUGUUUUUGAAAGGAUUUGGAAAAUCCACCCGAGGUUUGCAAAAUUCAAGUCUAAAAUCCUCAAACAUUCGACUUUAGAUACUAAAACCUAAUGAUAUGCAAUUCUCCCCCGAUUCUGCGUAUAGUGUAACACACUUUAGUGGCAUAAAAGUACAGACAAAUAAUUUUAAACCCGGUGUUUUACGCUGGUUGUUUGUUGAGCGUUUUGUAAUAAUUUAACUGGCCAUUUUGAUAUUAUUAUGUAUACGACGUGCGCUUUAUGCGUCACAUUAAAGAACAUCAUAUGAAUAUUAAAAGGUUCAUCUGGAAACUAUUUUGGCAAUAGGAGUCGUAUGAAAAUAAACCGUUUGCCAAAAAAAGGAACCCGUCACCGAUAUUCUUUGAAACUCAAAAACGCGCUUUUUUAUAUAAUAUUUUAGACGUAAAACAAACUGAGAAAAAAGACACGAGUUAUUUGUAUUUAAAUCUUACGGUCACGCUUAGUAUCAAAGACGAAUUUAUUAAUUAAAGAUACGUUUAAAAAUAAAAAUUCCGAUACUGUUUACCGGUAGACCACCGUUGUGGGUAUUUGCUGGGAAGGUUGGUAGGAUAUAGAAAACGAUUUCGAGUAUGUAACGAAAUAUACAACGAUAAAUCAUUGCAAACUAAAAACCAUUCUGAGCGGAGUACGAUUAGUCGUGAUUUUUUUCUCGUGUUGCUAAGAGAACCUAGAAAUCGACAAAAAUCAAUAAAUCAGUAUUACCGGCCAAAAUUCCACGUCUAUUGAGACAGGUACCAAUUGUGUGGAAAACCCGGAACAUUAGCCUCUAACCGAAAAUGUAUUUUCCGAGACGAACAAACAUCCCUAGUAAUACUAAUAACUUCUUCGCUACACUUAAAAUACGUAAAAAAAUAAAAUGAAAUAAACCUAAUGGCGGUCACCUGAAAAUAAUAUUACGCUAUUUUUAUUCACUAUAGUCACAUUAAACAGAUUAAUCACUAUACAAAUACGGCUAAACAGUAGUAAACAUACGUCAUAUUCAAUAAUUCCAAUAAUCUCGCAUUUCAACAUUCAUUAACCUACUAUUACUAAUACUAUUUAAUUAUAAGCGCGUGUCCAAUUAAUCGGGUUGUCCUCGCAUUUUCAAUUUAGCACUGUUGGGCAAGCUUAAUCCUGCCAUUUUUUUUUAGAUACCUAUAAUUAACUGUACAGCAAAUAGGUAUACUGGCAUCGAAACGUAAUUGUUAUUUAUAUUAGGUUUAAUUUUUUGAAAAAAUGCAAUAUUAAACGUUAAAAUACUGUAAUUCUAAUACGAGAAUGGUUUUGCGAAUAAAAAUAACAUGGUUUUUCGAUUUCCACUCAUAAAAAAAAAAAAUAAUAAUAAUAAUAAAAAACAACUGAUAACUCGACGUAUACGUUAUAACCAAGUCGAUAUUUAAACAAUGGAACAUAUUUUAAAAACAAUUAAAAUUGUUCACAUUUUCACGUUCAAACCCAUAGCAAUUAUUAUUUUUAUGUUAUCUACUACCAACGUAAACAAUUGUAUUUCAUUCUUCGGGAAUAUGUGUUACGAUUUCUAAUGUUUGUUUGUUUGUUUUUUGUUUGUUUGCAGAUUAAGUUCACCGGAGCCAGCAUGAACCCGGCCAGAUCGUUAGGCCCAGCCGUAGCUCUCGGUUUUUGGACAAACCAUUGGGUAAGGAAAUUUAAAUAUUUAAUUGACAACGCAUAAUACGCGCAGAUUAUAUAAUUUAACUAGCCUUUGUUACGACGGGAUUUAUUGUGUUAUUAUCAUUAUUUGUUUUUCAGGUUUACUGGGCCGGUCCCAUUUUCGGUGGUCUUUUGGGAGGAAUCGUUCACAAUUUCGUGUUAAAACGUCAUACAGAAGAGGCAAGCUCCUAUGAUCUUUGAACAACUAUAAUAUAUUAUUAAUUAUUAACAUGUUCUUUUUUUAUUAAUUAUUUGCUUAUAAUUUUACGCUAUUUAUUAUGAUAUAUGUUAUUAUCAUAUACAUAUAUAUAUAUAUAUAUAGAUAAAUAUAUAUGUAUAUAUAUAUAUAUAUAUAUACAUAUAUACAUAAAUAAUUAUACAGGGCUUACAAAAAAAAAAAAACAAUAUUUAGUACUGAUAAAUUUGAUAAUUAAUGUUUAAAAUUAUUUUUAUCAUUGUUAUAUUAUUUAAUUGUAGACAGCAAAUCAUACGAUAAUUUUGAGUGAAUUCUAGUUGUUAAAAAAUUCAACGAUGAAAUGAAAAAUUUAUUAUUUAAUUGCAUAUUUGUAAAAAAAAAUGUGAAUUGUGAGUUUAGACUAUUCGUUACAAAUAAAGUAUUUUGUUUUUAAUCCAUAGUAAUUGUGUUUAUUUUGCAGAAAUUCUUCUUACAUUAAAGUUGUGUAGCGUCACUAUACGCGUACCUAACUACCUAUAUGCAUGCUAUUAUAAAGUGUUCUGCACCCGGAUGGAAAUAGUGGUUAUGCGACUAACCAAGAAUAUAAACUUAGCAUAGUAAAACUAAAAACUAAAUAAUUAUAUUUAUAUUAAACAUUUUUUUUUUUGUUUUUAUUCUAAGCUUGUUACUUGUAUGCUAUAUUUUGCUUUGAAAUCAAUAAUAUUAUAGUCAGCUUAAAACGGAUCCCUUUUGUAAAUAUGUUAUAUUUUCGGAUAAUAGUUGCAUCUAAAGUUAAAUAACAUAAUAAUAUCAAUAUAUAUCACUAAUCAUUAAUCUUUUUAAACCGAUAAAUAUUAUUAUUAAAUGUGUAUAAAUUUUAUUUUUCAUAAUAAAAUAUUAAUAAACGAAUUCUGCC